UUCUGUGGCUGUAAGGGUGGCCUUAUUUGGGAUCUUCUCUAGCGCCAUAGCUUGGGGGAUCUCGCGGUCGGGGACGGACUUGCUGCGUCAUCGCAUUGUCGCCGCGAUCAAUCCAGCUGUUAGAGCGAUGCCGCGGUGACAAGAAUCCCUCGUCUUCCUCGGAAAUCCAGAAUGCAGUGUUACGGUUUCCUCCAGACGAGCUGCGUUUCGUGCCGCAUUUUCAGUGAUCAGACGCUUGUGGCGUUGAGAUCGAUCAAUCCGCGGCAAUGCGCUUGCCGGAUCCAGUCCUCGCGGAUUAUGCUAUCUCGCACGCGCGAUGAUUUAUUUUUGUCCAAGAUGUUUGGAGCCAGCCCCAAUUCCAGGAGGCUUAAAGAUUCCGGAAGAAAGAGAGCUACCAUUUUUGUUCCACAGGCUGCUUCAGAGAUCUCUCAAGAUUUCAAUCUUGAUGGUGGUGGCAUUUUAAAGAUUAAAACGGGUGUGCAAAAGGAUGGCGGCCCAGCUUAUGUCGAGUUUCAAGUUCACAACACCCAUACCACAUCUCUCUUUCUUCACUGGGGCGCGCUUAAAGCAAAUGAUGGAAAGUGGAGGCUUCCGUCGCAUCGACCACCUGGAACACGGGAUUUCAAUAAUACUGCGUUGCAGUCGCCUUUUGUUACGUCUGGUGAUGUCAAUACGUUAAAGGUUGAAGUACCCGACAAAGAAUUGAAGACGAUCGAGUUUUUGUUGCGGGAUGAUGCGACUGACAGAUGGUUCAAGCUCAAUGGCAAGAAUUUCCGACUGGACAUUCCUCACUCACAGGUAUAUAUACCAGAAGACCUCAUUGCCCUUCAAGCAUUUAUUAAUUGGGAAAAAAAAGGGAAAAAAAACUACACACCUGAACAAGAGAAGUCAGAAUACGAGGAUGCGCGCAAGAAACUUCAGGAAGAGGUUGCUAAUGGUGCAACUAUCGAGAGUGUUCGAGCAAAGCUGAAGGGAAGCAACUCGGCUCCACCAAAACCGGCUUCAAGGGGAUCCGGGGGCAGGAUUUCAAGGAAGCAAAGAGAUUUUGGAGAGCUUAUUAACAAGUAUACAGGUAAAACUGAAGAGAGUACACCUGUAUCUGCAACACCUCGAGAAACUAGUAAAUUGGAGUCGGCAUUGUCACAAAUGGCGGAAGAAGCGGGUGAUGCUGUUCUUUUCAAAAAAGUAUUUAAGCUGGGCAACAAAGAGCUUAUGACUAUUGCGACCAAGGUUGAUGGAAAUGUUCGUGUGACCAUUGCGACUGACUUUGAGGAGCCUGUGGCUAUUCACUGGUCAUUAUCGCAAGAUAAUCCAAGAGAGUGGAAGAGGCCGCCAGCAGAGUUGCAUCCUCCUGGAUCUGAGGACAUGAAAGAAGCAGUAGAUUCGCCUUGCGAAGGAGAAUUUGGCGGUGACACAUCUUUGCAGUCCUUGGAAAUCGAUCUUGGGAAAGGAAAAUUCCUUGGAAUGCCGUUCGUUGUAAGAGCGGGAAGCAACUGGAUUAAACUUAAUGAUUCGGACUUCUAUAUCCCUCUUCAACCAUCCGAGAAGAAGGAAGCAAAGGGAAAUCUAGAUGGUUCAGGCACUGCGAAGUGGUUGCUAGAUGAGAUGGCCAGCUUGGAAAGUGAGGCGGAACGUUCGCUGAUGCACAGGUACAAUAUAAUGGCAGAUUUGUUGCAGCGCUCAAAAGAUGGCGGAGAACUUGUAAUUGCGGGAUUUCUUGUUUGGCUGCGUUACAUGGCCAUGCGCCAACUGACUUGGAAUAAAAACUACAAUGUGAAACCUCGUGAAAUCAGCGCUGCUCAAGACCGACUAACAGACUUACUUCAGGCAAUCUACGUGGAGCAGCCCCAUAAUCGGGAGCUUGUCCGACUAACUUUAAGCACCGUCGGAAGAGGUGCACAAGGGGACGUUGGCCAACGGAUUCGGGAUGAAAUAUUAGUUAUACAGCGGAAUAACGAUUGCAAAGGCGGUAUGAUGGAAGAAUGGCAUCAAAAGUUGCACAAUAAUACUAGUCCUGACGAUGUUGUUAUUUGCCAGGCUCUCUUGGACUACAUCUCAAGUGAUUUUAAUAUUGAUGUGUACUGGAAAACCUUGAACGACAACGGAGUCACAAAAGAACGUCUGGCAAGCUACGACCGACCGAUUGUCUCAGAACCAAGGCUAAGACGAGACCAAAAGGAUGGUUUACUUCGAGACUUGAAAGCGUAUAUGAGAAGUUUGAAGGCGGUUCACUCAGGUGCAGAUCUAGAGUCCGCCAUCUCAACAUGCAUGGGUUACUCUUCAGAGGGACACGACUUCAUGAAAACAAUUGAUGUGCAUCCCAUUAGUGGUCUGUCCCCAGCGUUGCCGGAACUGUUAAGGUUUGUCAUGCAACAUGUUGAAGACAGGGACGUGCUUCCACUUCUUGAGGGUUUAUUGGAAUCCCGAAGGGAGUUACUCCCAACUCUUCAGAAACCUCAUAACAGGUUAAAAGAUAUCAUUUUUUUGGACCUUGCUUUGGACUCCACGGUGCGGACUGCAGUAGAAAGAGGCUUGGAAGGAUUGAGUAAAGCGAGCCCCUCUGAUAUGAUGCUCAUAAUUUGUCUUGUUCUGGAAAACUUGUGUCUGUCAAGCGAUAGCAAUGAAGAGCUCGUUUACUGUUUAAAGGAUUGGUACAAUAUCAUCAAGCUUUGCAACUCUAAAGCCGAAAACUGGGCGUUACAAGCGAAAUCAGUUCUUGAUCGCACUCGUCUUGUUCUUGGUGAUAAAGUAGAGCAUUAUCAAAAGGUUUUGCAGCCGACAGCUGAGUAUCUUGGUAUUUCAUUUGGCGUCGAACAAUGGGCCAUGGAAAUUUUUACAGAGGAGAUGAUACGAGCGGGCUCAGCCGCGUCUCUCUCUGUUCUUCUCAAUCGAUUAGAUCCGGUUUUGCGUAGUACAGCGCAUUUAGGAAGUUGGCAAGUUAUUAGUCCAGUAAAUGUUCAAGGUUUUGUCUCGGUAGUACAUGAGCUCGGUGACGUGCAAGAUAAAGUUUAUGAUAAGCCGACAAUACUGAUAUCCGGAAGAGUCAAAGGGGAGGAAGAGAUUCCUGAUGGCGCAGUUGCAGUUUUAACUCCUGAUAUGCCUGACGUGCUCUCUCAUGUAUCUGUGCGUGCACGAAACAGCAAGGUCUUAUUCGCGACAUGUUUCGAUCCUAACAUUUUAACGGACCUGCGUUCGUUGGAAGGCAAAGCUUUAAAGCUGCAGCUCACUGCGUCUUCUGAGAUCGUGUACAGUAAGGUGAGCGACACGGAGUUGUCAGGCGACGUUGCUGCAGCAGUGGAGGAGGAACCCCCGCACAUUGUGUUGAAAACCAAGAGAUUCAUGGGAAAGUACGCGGUCACGGCCGAUGAAUUCACGCCUGAGCUGGUCGGCGCUAAAUCUUUGAACACUGCAAACCUGCGAGGGAAACUUCCUUCGUGGAUAAAACUUCCAACUUAUGUUGCGUUGCCAUUUGGAGUUUUCGAGGAAGUGCUUUCAAACAGUAUCAACAAGGAGGUUUCCGCAGAAGUUGAGCGGCUUAAAAAGCCGCUGCUCGGCGGUGAUUUGAGCAAACUCAAAGAAAUUCGCGACACUAUUUUGAAGCUCAAGGCUCCACCGGAACUGGUUGAGGAGCUGAAAACUACAAUGAUCAAUUUCAACAUGCCAUGGCCGGGUAACGAAGGCGAGCAUAGAUGGGAGCAGGCGUGGAUGGCCAUCAGACGAGUGUGGGCGUCGAAAUGGAACGAAAGGGCCUUUAUCAGCACUCGCAAGGCAAAGAUAGAUCACGAACAUCUUCGCAUGGCAGUGUUAGUUCAGCAGAUUAUCUGCGCGGACUAUGCCUUUGUCAUCCACACUACGAAUCCUUCGAAUGGGAAUGCCUCGGAAAUCUACGCAGAGGUCGUCAAGGGAUUGGGAGAGACAUUGGUUGGCGCAUACCAAGGCCGUGCGUUGAGUUUUGUCACGCAGAAAUCAGACUUGAAAAACCCAAAGAUCUUAGGAUUUCCCAGCAAGCGACAUGGCUUGUUCAUCAAGCCUUCGGUGAUUUUUCGCUCCGAUUCCAAUGGAGAGGAUCUGGAAGGCUAUGCCGGAGCUGGUUUAUACGACAGCGUUCCAAUGGAUCGAGAAGAAGAGCGAGUGGUGGACUACUCCACGGACAAGUUACUCCUGGAUGCGAGUUUCCAGAAGACGAUUCUAUCCAACAUCGCUAGCGCCGGAGCCGAGAUCGAGAGAGUCUAUGGAACUCCUCAAGAUAUAGAAGGGUGUAUCAAAGAUGGAGAGCUCUACGUUGUCCAAACGAGACCUCAAAUGUAAGAGUAGAAAUUGAAAGUUAAGAGUUUACUACGGCGUGGUAAAA